GAAAGGCGAAGAAAAAGAGACGGAGCCUGAGAGACGGAGAAAGGGCGAGAGAGGAAGAAAGAGGCUGAAAGGGCGUGUUUCUGGAGCUGCCUUUCCCCUCCCCUUUCUCAGGUCCCUCGCUCCGGCUCUGCGCGCUCUCCGGCGGCAGCUCUCUCGGGGCGAAGCUAGGAAUAGGGUGGGAUUGUACCGGGCAGCCCCGCCGCCGCCGCCGCGGACAUAGCUGGGCUGGGAGAGGGCGGGGGUUCCCCGCCGGCAGCCGUGCCGGGCGCCCCUCGCCUCGUCGCGCUCUCCGCCUCGCUCUCCCCGACGUCCGGCCGGGAGGAGCGGGCAGCAUCGGAACCUCCCGCCCAGGGCGCCGCGGUCCGCGCUUCGCGCCUGCAGCCCCCCGGCCCCGGCGGGGCGCCCCUCCCCUCCCCACUUCGGCGCGCGGGGCACCCAGGCGGCUUCCGCCCUCCCCGGGCUGCGAGACCGGCCCCGGCGGACCGGCCGCCCGCAGCUCCAGCCAUGGGCUCGAGGCGCGUGCCCGGGCUCUGCCUGCUAGUCCUACUGGUCCACGCCCGCGCCGCCCAACACAGCAAAGCUGCGCAAGAUGUGGACGAGUGUGUGGAGGGGACUGACAACUGUCACAUCGAUGCCAUCUGCCAGAACACCCCGCGGUCCUACAAAUGCAUCUGCAAGUCUGGCUACACGGGAGAUGGCAAACACUGCAAAGACGUGGAUGAGUGUGAGCGGGAGGACAACGCAGGUUGCGUGCAUGACUGUGUCAACAUCCCUGGUAAUUACCGAUGCACCUGCUACGACGGAUUCCACCUGGCACACGAUGGACACAACUGUCUGGACGUGGACGAGUGUGCCGAGGGUAACGGUGGCUGCCAGCAGAGCUGCGUCAACAUGAUGGGCAGCUAUGAGUGCCACUGCCGGGAAGGCUUCUUCCUCAGCGACAACCAGCAUACCUGCAUCCAGCGGCCAGAAGAAGGAAUGAACUGCAUGAACAAGAAUCACGGCUGUGCCCACAUCUGCCGCGAGACCCCAAAGGGAGGAAUCGCCUGUGAAUGCCGCCCUGGCUUCGAGCUCACCAAGAAUCAACGGGAUUGUAAAUUGACGUGCAACUAUGGUAACGGUGGCUGCCAGCACACAUGUGAUGACACAGAGCAGGGGCCCCGGUGCGGCUGCCAUGUCAAGUUUGUGCUCCACACGGACGGGAAGACGUGCAUCGGGGAAAGGCGGCUAGAGCAGCACAUCCCCACUCAGGCCGUUUCUAAUGAGACCUGUGCUGUCAACAAUGGGGGCUGCGACAGUAAGUGCCACGAUGCAGCCACCGGUGUGCACUGCAGCUGCCCUGUGGGCUUCAUGCUGCAGCCAGACCGGAAGACCUGCAAAGACAUAGACGAGUGCCGCCUGAACAAUGGGGGCUGUGACCACAUUUGCCGCAACACAGUGGGCAGCUUUGAAUGCAGCUGCAAGAAGGGCUAUAAGCUUCUCAUCAACGAGAGGAACUGCCAGGAUAUAGACGAGUGUUCCUUUGAUCGCACCUGUGACCACGUAUGUGUCAACACACCAGGAAGCUUCCAGUGUCUCUGCCAUCGUGGCUACCUGCUGUAUGGUGUCACUCACUGUGGGGAUGUGGAUGAAUGCAGCAUCAACCGAGGAGGUUGCCGCUUUGGCUGCAUCAACACUCCUGGCAGCUACCAGUGUACCUGCCCAGCAGGCCACGGCCGGCUGCACUGGAACGGCAAGGACUGCACAGAGCCAGUGAAGUGUCAGGGCAGUCCUGGGGCCUCGAAAGCCAUGCUCAGUUGCAACCGGUCCGGCAAGAAGGACACCUGUGCCCUGACCUGCCCCUCCCGGGCCCGAUUUUUGCCAGAGUCUGAGAAUGGCUUCACAGUGAGCUGCGGCACUCCCAGCCCCAAGGCUGCUCCAGCCCGAGCCAGCCAACAUGGGAACAGCACAAACUCUAACCAAUGCCAUGAGACUGCAGUGCUGUCAGUGAAACAGCGGGCCUCCUUCAAGAUCAAGGACGCCAAAUGCCGUUUGCACCUGCGCAACAAAGGCAAAAUGGAGGAGGCUGGCAGAAUUCCAGGGCCAGGUGGUGCCCCCUGCUCUGACUGCCAGGUUACCUUCAUCCACCUCAAGUGUGACUCCUCUCGGAAGGGCAAGGGCCGGAGAGCCCGGACCCCUCCAGGCAAGGAGGUCACCCGGCUCACCCUGGAACUGGAGGCAGAGGUCAGAGCCGAAGAAAUCACAGCGGGCUGUGGGCUGCCCUGCCUCCGGCAGCGGAUGGAACGUCGACUGAAAGGGUCCUUGAAGAUGCUCAGAAAGUCCAUCAACCAGGAUCGCUUCCUGCUACGCCUGGCAGGCCUUGACUAUGAGCUGGCCCACAAGCCAGGCCCAGCACCCGGGGAACGAGCAGAGUUGGUGGAGGCCUGUAGGCCUGGGCAGCACCGUUCUGGGGCCAAGUGUGUCAGCUGCCCGCAGGGAACGUAUUACCACGGCCAGACGGAGCAGUGUGUGCCAUGCCCAGCGGGCACCUUCCAGGAGAGAGAAGGGCAACUCUCCUGCGACCUUUGCCCUGGAAGUGAUGCCCACGGGCCUCUUGGAGCCACCAACAUCACUACGUGUGCAGGUCAGUGCCCACCUGGCCAACACUCCACAGAUGGGUUCAAACCCUGCCAGCCAUGUCCACGUGGCACCUACCAACCUGAAGCAGGACGGACCCUGUGCUUCCCAUGUGGCGGGGGCCUGACCACCAAGCAUGAGGGGGCCAUCUCCUUCCAGGACUGUGACACCAAAGUCCAGUGCUCCCCAGGGCACUACUACAACACCAGCAUCCACCGCUGUAUCCGCUGUGCCAUGGGCUCCUAUCAGCCGGACUUCCGUCAGAACUUCUGCACUCGCUGUCCAGGAAAUACAAGCACUGACUUUGAUGGCUCUACCAGUGUGGCCCAGUGCAAGAAUCGCCAGUGUGGUGGGGAGCUAGGUGAGUUCACUGGCUAUAUCGAGUCCCCAAACUACCCGGGCAACUACCCAGCCGGCGUGGAGUGCAUCUGGAACAUCAACCCCCCACCCAAGCGCAAGAUCCUUAUCGUGGUACCUGAGAUCUUCCUGCCAUCUGAGGACGAGUGUGGGGACGUCCUCGUCAUGAGAAAGAACUCCUCCCCAUCCUCCAUUACCACUUACGAGACUUGCCAGACCUACGAACGCCCCAUCGCCUUCACGGCCCGAUCCAGGAAGCUCUGGAUCAACUUCAAGACCAGCGAGGCCAACAGCGCCCGUGGCUUUCAGAUCCCCUAUGUUACCUACGAUGAAGACUACGAGCAGCUAGUAGAAGACAUUGUGCGAGAUGGCCGGCUCUAUGCCUCUGAAAACCACCAGGAAAUUUUAAAGGACAAGAAGCUCAUCAAGGCCUUCUUUGAGGUGCUGGCCCACCCCCAGAACUACUUCAAGUACACAGAGAAACACAAGGAGAUGCUGCCAAAAUCUUUCAUCAAGCUGCUCCGCUCCAAAGUUUCCAGCUUCCUGAGGCCUUACAAAUAGUGCCCCGAAAUCCAGAGAUCCAGGUUUUGAAGCCCCCAGACUCCUCAGCCCUGAGCUGACAGCCCCCACCCCCAGACAAGGAACCCUCCCCUCUCUCUUUGGAGAAAAAAACAUAUCACUACACAGACCAGGCACUCUCCUUCUCUUCGUUUCCUUUCUUCACUGUUCUCGUUUGUCCUAUGUGCUCCCUGAAAAGGCUAUUCAGUGCUGGCUUUAUCCCCCAGUAGGGGUGAAGGAACAGUACAGCUCAUAUCCCUGGGCCCAGCAGCUUCGAAGGAAGUGAGCCUAGUUGAGUACGGGGAAGGCAAAGAGGGGCUUCUGCCAUUACAGGGUUGUGCCUUGCUAGUUGGGAGCCCAACUGUCCCCUGACUGUGCUCCCUAGGGUUACUCUAGCAGCCCAGGGUCCUGCCAAAGAAACCUUCGGCUUCCAAGCUUAAUGCCACCAGCACUCCUCUGGGGCACAUGGCUUGUGUCCUAGAUCACCUACGUGGCUGGCUUUCUUAUCUAUACAGUCCUUUCCUUCUUCCCUCCAUGUCUUUGCCCAAGGUCCACUCCAUAAGGAUUUACAAGUGGCCCACGUCACUGGGCUAGUGGACACAAGCCAAAUGAGGAAAGCGACAGGAAUUACCAUGCUGAAUGUGCCACGGUGGCUCCCUGAGAGAGACUAUGGCUCUGCAGGACAGAUACCAGGUUCUCAAGUAUCACUAAAAAAAACCGAAACAGAAAGAAAACAUAUUAUCUAAAGGACGAGACUAGAGAACAACUGGAAGCCAGCCUCAAACACUAAUGCCUUUUCUUACUUGUCUUCCCUGGCCCAGCUAUCCCCUCAGCCCCACACAAGUGCUCCCUGGGGGAGCCCUUCUCCCCUUGCUGAAUGUCCCUAAAGAAGCGUGGCUGUUGACCUGAAGCCAGCUGGGCUUCACCCAACAGUUGUCUUUCCCUUUGUAGCCCCAGGUGGCUUGAGGGCUCCACCAAAGAGGACCCCCGCUCUGCAGCCAGCCUGGAGCCACCUACCUCUGGCCUCAGGCUGUGGGCAACAAGAGGAGUACGUGUGCACCCGACAAGCCUCCUGCCCACCCUGUCCACAUCUAAUAAGUGCAAUCAUUUUGAGUCUAUGUUGUCUAGAGGGAGGAGUUUUUGUCUUCUGGUAUUGUUUUGUUUUGUUUUUUGUUUCUUUUUCUUCAAUUAGAACAACCCUAUUUAUAGCUGCCCAGGAGUGAAGACUGUAUGUUUGGAGUGGAAGAAUAUCAAUUUUGAAUCUCACGAACCUUGAGUGCUGGAGCAUCUGUCUGUCUCUAUUCCAGUAGCGGCCACCCAGACCUCCAGGGCCCUCAGCCGGGGGAACCCCAGGGCUGUAACUCAGAGGUAUCUGAUGUGUAGGAUGGGAAUUCUGGCAACCUGAUGGAGCAUUAGGAGAGGUGCAUGCGUUUGUUAAGCGUAUGCUGCCAUCACUAUGCCUCUCCAUGGACUCAGCACGGACCUUCUGAUUACUGAGGCCAAUGGAAUGGGUCAGUGAUUCUCUACCCCAAAUAGGGAACACCUGCACCUCUUCCCUGUCUUCAUCCUAUUUUCUGCUGGUGUGCACAUGGAAGAGGACCAGGACAAACCACCUGGGGAUGGGCUGACUCCAUCCUGAGGCCAGAGACAAGGCUUGGGAGCCAAGAAUACGACACAAAGUUGGCAAGGGCACCAGAUAUUUGCCUGACCCUGGCCGCUUCCCUCUCAAAGUUCACUUCAAGCCUAGCUUUCUCGACUACUGUUUUGCAAAAGAAGAAUCGAGUGCAUGAUGAGGCCCAGAUCUUAGACACACUCUGCCCUCAUUCCAGCUGCCUGUAAGAUUAUUUUCUAUUUGCUCUUUCUAGUUUCCCCAAAGCUAUAGUCCUAAUCUGAGGUUACCAACAGACCCUUCAGGUCCAUUUCUAGGUGACUGUCCCAAGCUAUUGUUCUCCUAGGAAACUUAACUAGAGGAGCCUGAUGCCCACCUUUCACUCAUGGGCCAAAACUGCUUUAGCAGUGAAUAGCACUGACACCGCUAGAUCCCCUGACACCUGUUAGCCAAUACUGCAGCUCUUGGUGGAGUGUCUGGCUGUCUUUGUCUCCCUGGGUCAGAGGGCCACUGUAAAGGUGCAAAAUGACUUUUCCAAGCAGGGGAAAUAGAAAGUGCCAUAAAGAUUGUUUUAGUUGCCUUCGACCAUCCUAGAAUUACCUUCUGAUUCCUUUUCCCCUGCCACUUUGUCUCUUAGAAAGACAAAAUUGCUCUCCAUGUAUGCCUUCAGGGUCUGAUGGCUCCCUUCCUUUCCUGUCAUGUCAUACAUAUACAUACAUAUACUUCCUCCAGCCGUUUAUUCCGUGGUUUAAGGGACACAAACAAGUUGCACAGUCUGGAAAGUGUAGACCACUAGGCUUCUUGGUGAGCAGGUCAAGACCUGCUAUUGUCCACCAAGUUUAAUUUAGAUUUUCCGAGUUAGGGGUUAAGAACCCAGGCAAAGCUACUGCUGAACCUAUGGAGGGGGCUGGGCCUGGGGCAUCCAACUAGGGGUUAAGUGGACUGAAUGAGGAGUCGACACUCAGGGACUCUCUAGGCCUUUACAGGUCAGACAGAAAAGAGGUUUUUUACCAAUGGAGGGAAACAGGAAGAUGGUGUAAAUAACAAACAUUCAUGAACCAACCCAGAGGCCUCUCGCAGGGUGGGGUGCUUGCAGGGCCAUGUAUUAUGAGUUAUUCAUCUUAAUAGAAAACCUGCUCGGAUCUGCAUCGGGGAAUGGGAAGGUGUUCUCAUGAAGCACAAAAUGAUUGCAUACCAGAAAGGCACUUAGCUCCUCAGCAACACGGCAACUCCUCUUUACUUCUCCGCGCCCCUUUUCCCAUAUUAUCAGGCUAGGCCCAUUCCCGACUUAUGACUUAAGAGAACUCAGUCAGGAGAAAACUGAUCCGAGCCUGGACAUAAGCUGCCCAUCCCAAGCAUAGAAAUCCCCAAAUGCUCGACCUUGAGCUGUGACUGCUCUGACAUCCCUGGAGUUUGGUCAGUUUGAGAUGGUGGAGACCCAGAUUUAUGGCUGUAAGUUCAGUAGUACAGGCCUCAUCUUUGGCCCUAAUGAAACGUUGUGUGCCUGAGAAGUGUUCUCCAUUUGCAUAUUCAAGGUGAUUCUGGAAUGGAUUAGGAGGUCCCAUCUCAAAAUGUUAAAGAGCAUUCAAAUUUUUAUAUUUGCUACCUAACCUCAAUACAACAGCUUCUAAAUGGAGAACAGCAGCAAAGUAUAACUGACCAUAAGCAGAAAAUGUUUCCUUGCCUGGCUUCUUUCUUAAGCACCGUAAAAGAAAAAUGAAGCAAACAACAAAAGUAUAUCUUUAAAUGUGACCUGUCUCAAAGGUAGCAUACCCUGUCCUUGGGCCACUAUUUGGACUAGGAAUUCUUUAAGAAAAUAUAUGAUUAGAGGGAAUAGAAGCCCCAGUUGUUAUAAGCUUAUCUAAACAACACAGAUUGUAGCAGUUUGGACAAACUGAAAACUUUAUUCUUCUGUGUGAGUUCAACCGAAGUUUCAGAGAAUCAUCAUCAUCAUGUGGGAGGCUUUUUUUUUUAAAGCAGAAGAAAAUUAAAAAUAUUGUAUUUAUAUCAGCCUUCCACUGCUGCCAAUAUAGUAAACACCUCCUACACAAUCAACAAUAAACAUCAAAUGAUGCAGUUCAUAGAGUAUUUUGCACUUGGGGAAAAGUAUGUAUCUGAACUUGUAAAAAGAAAUGUUUGGGUUUUGUAUUGUCUUUUUUAUUAUUAUUAUUAAAAUACGAAAUGAAACUUC